AUGCCGCUCGCAGACGUGCUGCUGAGGCAGGAAGAGAGCGCGAGAUGGCCUCGUGAGGGUCCGGCAUGGCGUCGCCAACGGGCUGAGGAGGCGGAGAGGCGCAAGGCGGCGGUGGCCACGACGUUGGCCUCGGCUUUCCGUGGGCGCCAGGCCCGGCGCGGCUUCGCAGCCCUGCGCCGAAGGCGGGAGGAGGAGACGAAGGCAUCGAUCAAAGUGCAGGCGGCCUUCCGCGGCAAGGCUCGAGACAGGAAGAGUAGGAGAACGCCCCAGUAUGAUAGUUGCACUGACAGCUCGAAUGUAGAACAUGAUGCGGAAGUUGAUGGUGGUGACAAGUACACCGUGGCAGCAGAGAAGAAGGAGCAGGCAGAAGCAGCCACGAAGGUGCAAGCAAUCUAUCGUGGCAAUGUAACUCGGAAACAGCUGGCCGAAGAGAAGCAGGAGCGCGACGAGGCAGCUACAAAGAUUCAGGCGAUCAGGCGUGGAAACGUGGAAAGACAACAGUUGGCAACAGAGAAGAAGGAGCAAGAAGAGGCGGCUACCAAGGUGCAGGCAAUCUAUCGUGGCAAUGCAACUCGGAAACAGCUGGCCGAAGAGAAGCAGAAGCGCGACGAGGCAGCUACAAAGAUUCAGGCGAUCAGGCGUGGAAACGUGGAAAGAAAGCAGGUGGCAACAGAGAAGAAGGAGCAAGAAGAGGCGGCCACCAAGGUGCAAGCAAUCUAUCGUGGCAAUGCAAGUCGGAAACAGCUGGCCGAAGAGAAGCAGAACCGCGACGAGGCAGCUACAAAGAUUCAGGCGAUCAGGCGUGGAAACGUAGAUAGAAAGCAGGUGGCAAGCGAGAAGAAGGAGCAAGCAGAGGCAGCCACGAAGGUACAGGCAAUCCAACGCGGCAAUGCAGCUCGGAAACAGCUGGCGGAAGAGAAGCAGAAGCGGGAGGAGGCAGCUACGAAGAUUCAGGCCAUCCAACGUGGGAGAGCCGCUCGAAAAGACAGAGCGGAGAAGAAGGGUGCUUUCCGGAUUCCGACAAGUCGCGAUGCCAAGGUGGCUGCCGUGCCAGCUGUCAGCCCGAUCGACAAUGGUGUCGAGAGCGACGCAAGCGAAAAAGAGAAAGCCGCUAUCAAGAUUCAGGCCCUUCAGCGUGGCAGGGCUGCCCGAAAAGAUGCAGGAGGCAAGAGGGAGGCAGCUUUCCGGAUCCCGGCCAGUGGGGAUAGCCGGGAUACCAGGCCCGAGCCCACACUAGCUUCAAGCAAGGACGCAACGGAGCAACAGCGGGAAGAAGCAGCCGCCAAGAUUCAGGCCGUUCAGCGCGGCAGAGCUGUUCGAAAAGGCGCAGCAGACAAGAACGCUGCCGAUGUCGUCACCAUGCAGGCGAAGGAAGAAGCAGCUGCGGCGCACGCAGAAGCUCAAGCAGCCAAGGCAGCCAUUCAAGCAGCCGCGCAGCAGCGACUGGAAGCAGAGGCCGAACUUCAAGCAGCGGCGCAGCGCCGCGCGGAGACUGAGGCAGCAUGCGCGGAAAUGAAAGAGAAGGUCCUGGCGGAAGAGAGCCGCACCGCAGCAGCUGCCUCCGCCCGUUCUGAGGAGGAGGCUGAGCUGCGUCGACUGCAGCAGCAGUCGGAGGAGAUGGAGGAGGCCGAACUUCAAGCAGCCGCGCAGCGCCGCGCGGAGACUGAGGCAGCAUGCGCGGAAAUGAAAGAGAAGGUCCUGGCGGAAGAGAGCCGCACCGCAGCAGCUGCCUCCGCCCGUUCUGAGGAGGAGGCUGAGCUGCGUCGACUGCAGCAGCAGUCGGAGGAGAUGGAGGAGGCUGCGCGGCGAGCCGCUGCUCAGCGGGAGGAGCUGAAAGGCAGGCAGAGGCGAGCGGAGGAGUUGCUCGCCGAGUGCAGGGAGGAGCCGUAG